AUGACGAGACGAAUCCACUCGCCUCCCAGGCCGCUGCCGGAAGCCGAGCCCGAGGAGAUCUACGGCCCGGAGGUGCAGCUGGAAGAGCAGGGCUUCGCGUGGUACAACCCGGACAGGUGGUACCCCGUCGAGAUCGGCCAGGUGUUUGAGUCUCGGUACCAGGUUCUGCUGAAGUUGGGCUUCGGCUCGGCGUCGACUGUAUGGCUGUGUCGCGACCUAAACUUACACUCUUACGUUACGCUGAAGGUCUACCAAACGGGCCAUCGCCAGGCGUUGAAUGAGGAGAAAGUGCUCCAUCACCUGUGGCGUGUGGCCUCUGAUCACCCGGGCCAAAAUCUCCUGCGUUCCAUCAAGGCCAGCUUCGAAGUGUCUGGUCCAGCAGGCCCGCACGUGUGUCUGGUUUUCGAGACACUCGGGCUGUCGCUGGCAGAUAUUCGGGAGCUUGUCGGCGGGAAAGUCCCGGAAAACCUCCUGAAGGGCCUCACCUAUGCUCUGCUAUUGGGUCUGGACUAUAUGCACUCCGAGGCACACGUAGUGCAUACAGACAUCCAGGAUGGGAACAUCAUGCUUGCCAUCACAGACACAUCCAUUCUCGACGACCUUGUAGAAGCCGAAUGGGCUAUGCCGAGCGCUAGGAAGAUCAUGGGUGACAGGAUAGUGUAUGCGUCCACCGGGCUGGAGAUUCCAGACGACCCCGGCGACCCGAUCAUAUGCGACUUCGGCGACGCGAGAUUCGGAGAUGGGCCCUUCGAAGGCGAGGUGAUGCCUGACUUGUACAGAGCUCCCGAGAUCAUUCUAGGGAUGCCUUGGGAUGAGAAGAUUGAUAUUUGGGCCCUGGGACUCAUGAUCUGGGAUCUGUUUGAAGGCAAGCUACUCUUCAACACCAGGGUUCGAGACCGAACGGCGUCGCGGGCAGCGCAUUUCGCCAGAAUGGUGUCGCUCAUGGGUCCGCCGCCCGAUGACCUCUUGGAACGGGGUUCAUCCUGGAAGGACUUCUUUGACAAAGAAGGUAAACUAAUAAUCGAUGGCGAGAUUCCGGAAUCCUCGCUCGAGGAAGAAGAAUGCAACCUCGAGGGCCCCGACAAAGCCGAGUUUCUGAUUUUCCUGAGGAAGAUGCUUCAGUGGAGGCCGGAAGAUAGACUAUCGGCCAGGGAGCUCAUGGAAGACCCCUGGCUGAACCGCCAAUGCCCCGAUGACUAG